UCUAUUAUGAGUCAGUGAUCGUUGGCUGGCGGUAGAUGUAGGUUCGCGCUCGAUGAAGCGGUGUAGUAAUGACACUCGUUACCGUUAUUCUUAAGGUGAAUUAGAUAAACUCAAGAAAUAUUUUAAUAAACGACUUACUGAACUAUUUCUUUUGUGUUCGUGAUUAUAAAUCAGUGGUCGUUUUGGCUAACGCAACUGUGAAAUUCAGACACGUCUUCAUUUUGUCGUUAAGUAGUUAGUUCGUUUUCAUUUUUCAAAGUAAUAUAGAAGCUGACAAAAUUCCUAUUGCAAAACAAAGCCUCGGACCAGUACAUGAAGGAACCACCAUGGGUCACAUACAGAACGAUACCCAAGAAUUAUUUAUAGACGCCUUUCUGCAAAAUAAUAAUCGGCUCGAUCAUGUUACGCAAGUAAUGGGUUAUCAUCCCGAUUAUAUGGAUCAUUUCCUUAGAACACAAAACUUUAUUUUGAAAGGCGAUGGUCCUCUGCCGUUCGAUUAUAGGCAUUACAUUGCAAUCAUGGCCUCAGGUCGUCACCAGUGCAGUUACCUAAUAGCGUUACAAAAACAAGAAUUUUUGGUACAAGGGGGGAAUCAUACAUGGCUGAAAGGUUUAGACCACAUACCACAAAAACUUAAAGAUCUCUAUGAAAUCAAUAAAAUACUGGCCCACAGGCCUUGGCUUCUAAACAAAUCUCAUAUUGAGAAGUUAACCAAAGGCAAGGACAGUUGGUCCCUAGCGGAAGUGGUUCAUGCCAUAGUAAUUCUGACCCAUUUUCAUUCGCUUUGUUCAUUUGUUUUUUCUUGUGGAGUGAAUCAAGAAGUGGACCAGAUAGGGGCUCACACGUAUCAUACGUCGGGGGAAACCCACGUCGACAUUGUCGUCGACUCUAGUUGUAUAAAAUUUUUUAAAAAAAGUGUUCAGCAAGAUGUACCUGCGAAUAGACAAGACUGGGAAGACUCUUCAAGUGGUAGUCCUCCUCCCUCUCCGACUGAACCCGAGGUUGGAAUCACAACUCUUAUGCAACGCAUGAAAACUUUAUCUGAGAAAAACGAAAAAUGUACUCAGGUAGAAUUGACCAAACGUUUUGAAAAUAUUGAACAUCAGUCAGCUGAAUUGGGGGUUGUUGGCCCAGAACCCCAAGAAACUCCUGCAGAUAUCAGCGGUUUUAUCGAAGAUGCAAGUUUUAUAUAUGAAGAUUUUGCCAAAAGAAAUGAUCACGAUGAUAUACAAACUUUCAGAGUUCAAGAUUAUUCAUGGAAUGAUCAUGGAUAUUCAUUGGUUAAUAGACUCUACAACGAAGUGGGUAGUCUGUUGGAUGACAAAUUUAGAACUGCUUAUAACCUCACCUAUUAUACGAUGGGCGGUCGUACAGACGUGGACACAUCAAAAUUUCGAACAGCUAUUUGGAAUUACAUUCAGUGUCUAUUAGGCAUCCGACAUGAUGACUAUAAUUAUGGGGAAAUUAACCAGUUGCUCGAGAGAUCAUUAAAGACAUUCAUAAAAAGUGCAUGUUGUUAUCCUGAGCGGGUAACCAAAAAAGAUUAUGAUAAGGUGCUAAGAGAGUUUAAACAUAGUGAAAAGGUUCACGUAAAUUUAAUGAUAUUAGAAGCUCGAAUGCAAGCGGAGCUCCUUUAUGCACUUCGAACUGUAAAUCGGUACAUGACAAAUUAAUAAUGAAGGUGACAUGUCACAUACACACCUGUACACACACAAACAUAUUUACACAACACGUGUUUUGGUAACGGUGUUUGUCCGUACACCUACCGUAUAUUGAUAUCAUUUUUUCUAUGAUUAUCUUCAUUGUUUUUGCUCGUCGAUUAAUUAA